CCGCGCGCUGUCCGCACACGCCACCGCCGCCGCCGCCGCCGCCAUGGGCUCUUGAGGCGAGCUCGUUGUCUCCUGCAAGGGUUUGUCUCAGGGACCCCCGGCUGCCAGGCACCAUGACGGUGAGGGGGGCUGCGCUGGCCCCAGAUCCAGCGUCGCCCACGACCAUGGCAGCAUCGCCCAGCGUGUCUGUGAUCCCCGAAGGCAGCCCCACGGCCAUGGAGCAGCCCGUGUUCCUGAUGACAACGGCCGCGCAGGCCAUCUCCGGGUUCUUCGUUUGGACGGCCCUGCUCAUCACCUGCCACCAGAUCUACAUGCACCUGCGCUGCUACAGCUGCCCCAACGAGCAGCGCUACAUCGUCCGCAUCCUCUUCAUCGUGCCCAUCUACGCCUUCGACUCCUGGCUCAGCCUUCUCUUCUUCACCAACGACCAGUACUACGUCUACUUCGGCACCGUGCGGGACUGCUAUGAGGAAUCCUGCCAUCUGUUUGCCCAGCCUGCUGGUCUGAGUGGUUUUCUCUGGACAUCUCUCACAGCCCUGGUCAUCUAUAAUUUCCUGAGCCUGUGCUACGAAUACCUUGGGGGAGAAAGUUCCAUCAUGUCGGAGAUCAGAGGGAAGCCCAUCGAGUCCAGCUGUAUGUACGGCACGUGCUGCCUCUGGGGAAAGACUUACUCCAUUGGAUUCCUGCGCUUCUGCAAGCAGGCCACCCUGCAGUUCUGCGUGGUGAAGCCACUCAUGGCUGUCAGCACCGUGGUCCUCCAGGCCUUCGGCAAGUACCGGGACGGCGACUUUGAUGUGACCAGCGGCUACCUCUACGUGACCAUCAUCUACAACAUCUCUGUCAGCCUGGCCCUCUACGCCCUCUUCCUCUUCUACUUUGCCACCCGGGACCUGCUCAGCCCCUACAGCCCCGUCCUCAAGUUCUUCAUGGUCAAGUCCGUCAUUUUUCUCUCCUUCUGGCAAGGCAUGCUCCUGGCCAUCCUGGAGAAGUGUGGGGCCAUUCCUAAGAUCCACUCAGCCCGCGUGUCCGUGGGCGAGGGCACCGUGGCAGCCGGCUACCAGGACUUCAUCAUCUGCGUGGAGAUGUUCUUCGCAGCCCUGGCCCUGCGGCACGCCUUCACCUACAAGGUCUACGCAGACAAGAGGCUGGAUGCGCAAGUGCCAACAUACGGCCCUUACGGCCGUUGUGCCCCCAUGAAGAGCAUCUCCAGCAGCCUCAAGGAGACCAUGAACCCACACGACAUUGUGCAGGACGCCAUCCACAACUUCUCGCCCGCCUACCAGCAGUACACGCAGCAGUCCACCCUGGAGCCUGGGCCCGCGUGGCGCGGUAGUGCCCACAGCCUCUCGCGCUCCCACAGCCUCAGCGGCGCCCGCGACAACGAGAAGACUCUGCUGCUUAGCUCCGAUGACGAGUUCUAGGUGCGGCUGCUGGUGGGGAGGACUGGCCCCGCGGCCCAGGGCAGGGUGUGCCCCCCUCCAGUCCCACGCGUGGGCGGGAAGGCAGGCUGGCACAGCUUUGGCAUUGCCCGUUAAUUUAUUGGACCAGAAACACUCACCUGUCGCUCCCAGUGGAAUAGCCAGAAGCUGUCGGCCCAGGGGACAGCCCGGGCUCACCACGGGGGCCUUCCAGACUGUUCACGCGUGGCCAGCCCUGCUGCCGGGCGAGGGACGGAGGAUGCUGGGGCGACUCCUGUGCCCCUAUGGCUUGUCCUGUGGCAGCGGCCUGGUGGGACCAGCUGUGGCCGUGGUGGACCCGCAGCCAUGGCCCUCUCAGCCCCCACGUGGGUCCCUCUUUUCCUCCUGAGACUGACAGCCCUGCCCCCAGCACCGUGCAAUACUCUGACCUGGGCUCUUUCCUGCCUGCUCCCUCCCUUGUGUCCCCUGUCUGUGCUAGAUUAGCCUCAGCCCCGGCCAGAGGGGCGGGAAGGAACCCAGACGCUCCCCGCGCCCCCUCCUGACCCAGGCUUGCCUGGCAUGCUGCAAGGACCAGAGGGACACCAAGAGCCAUGUGUCCCGUGUUGGAAGGGAGCUCGGGUGCAUCUGGGCCCCUGGUUGUCUUCUCCGUGGCUGCCCUCCCUGCCUGCCUCAUGCCCCCUCCUCCUGACCUGCUGAGGGCAGCCAGCGGCCCGCACUGCCCUGUCCCUCGGGGUCUUUCUUCUUGAGAGCACUUUGGGCAGAGCCCUUGUUGCUUCCUGGCUGCUGAAGGGGUUGGAGGCUCCCAGCCCCUUUCCCAGGCUAAGCAGUGAGAACCUCCACAGGUUCCUGGUCUUGCCCUAGGGCUGCUGCUUCCCGUUUCAGGGGAAGGGUCUGAGUCUCACAUUUCAGACCAGCUUUUGGAGGAGCAGCCCUACGGGAGGGAGGUGAAAGGAGGGGGCGUGCAGCCGGGAGCUGAGAAGUGGGUGGAGUGACCCCAGACUCCUCUCCCUGGCGCCGUAUCCACACACGGCCUGGAGUCCUGCCUCGGCUGGCCCUUUGGCCCAUCUCUUCUGUGCCUUAGUCACAUACGAAAGCUCCCCCGUCCCAGGCCCUCGGUCUGUCUGGCCGCAGACACUCCCUGGGGGCUCCCUCUCAAGCUGCUGGCACUCAGGGGACCCUGCUGCGCUGGGCCAAGCACCCUGGACAGGCCUUAGGGGAUGGCCAGGAUGGCGAGUCCCCUCCCCUCGCUCACCUCCACACCUAAACUCCCGGAGCCUCCGUGGCCAGAGCCCCCAGUCAGGCUGGGCUUAGACUGGCCACUGUCUUAGGAGGAGCCUCCUGACAGUCACAGUGUGUGUUCUGUCUUUCGGAACCCAGAGGGCACUUGGGUUUGGGCCGGGACAGCCCGGGGAAGGUCGUAGGGUAAGGAGGGCCCCACCCUGUGGCACCAGAACUUCUCUUCCUUUCCGUUCAUUCCUGGAAUGAAGUGUGCCAAGGGUCCAGUGGGGGGUUACACCCCUGUCGUCUUCCCAGGCUGCUUUUGGCUCUUGUGACCAAGCUGCCCCCCCCCCGCCCUGCCCCUGCCCCGGGGUCACAGAGGCCUGAGGGCGCGAGCUGGAGGCUGGCUCUUGGGGCUGAUCUGGUGGGCCUGGCCAGCUGGUACCAAGCUGCCCAGGAAGGUGGCAGGUGGGAGCAGGCAGCCUGGGGAGAUCCUCCGUCCCCACUCCCCACUUUGCUUUCAUAGAUUUGUGUGAUUCUCCUUCCAGGCCAAAGUGUGCUGCCGAUUCCCUGCCCCCUUGUCCUGGCUGCCCUGGCACUUGCUGGCUAGCAUGGUUCGUGGGGGGACACAGAGGAGGGGCUCUGGGGCAGGGAGCUAGUGGCCCCCGGGGAGUCGAGGGGCCGGGAAUGGGUGCCCACCCACUCCACCCUUCCUUCCUAGGAUGCAUAACCUUUUUUUUUUUUAAUCCCUUCCCCCGAUAGAGUAGCUCUUUGUACAUAAAAAAUACUUGAAAACUGAACUGUAUGAUGUGUGAGAGGACAGAGUCCCCUAGUUUUGUAUCUCGUGUAUGACUGCCAUGAGUUCCACCAGAAAGCCGCUCUAUUUUGGUCUCUGUGACAUUUUAAAUGCGUGACAGAAGUGAGCAAAUAAAGUAAGAAAUAUAUAUAUGAGAUAAUAUAGAUUGUAUUGAAAUCUC